AUGCCCUUAUGCCCUGUCGAUGAAGCACAGGCGCUUGACGCGGCCAAGCGGUUCCUCCGAAGCGACGAUAUUCUCGACGAUGCCGAGGACAGCGAAGAGCGAGCCAAGCUCCCUGCUGGACUGCUGAAGCCCGAGAACCUCAAGGUUGACGACCUACUCAACAAGAACAUGCUCGACCGCGCGCGGAACGGCAACAAGAAGCAGCGGAACAAACUCUUCAGUAUGUGGGCUGCUGCGCCCAAGAAGGAGCGGAUGGCUGCGAUCCAGAAAAUCCUCAACCAAAUGCGAGGGUUCACUAAGAACAAGAAGUUCUUCAACGCCUGGAACAAGUACUCCCACCGACUCGAUGGCGGCGUCACCCGUAACACGAGGAGGACAAAUUAA